CCCCACUAGGCCCCUGAUACAUCAAUCGAGACCCUGGGGAACCUGGGUCCUAAGCCAGACAGCAGCAGAUACUGUCAAGGUUCUCUUGACCCACCAUGAGCCUCAUGCCUGACUUGAUGUGGGGAAGGACCAAAGGCUCGUUCUCCAGAGACAUCGCUUCUUUUUCCUUCACACUGUUCUGUUUCCAAGUUGUCUCCCCCAGAGGUUUGGGGUUGGGGUGGGUGGUGGUGGGCGAAUGGGAUGAGAUUUACCUGAGGCCUUGGCCAGGGCACCACAAGCUAUGACCAGCUCCAGAUACAUUGGAUACUGGGUUAAGCCUCACUACUUCCUUGUCCUCUGUCUUACCAAAACCAGGAUACCCAGCCAUCCCAGGGCAGGAUAGCAAGCGAGGUCUGUAGGCCUGCCCCUUGUCUACGGCCCAGCCCCUGUCUCCCCCUUACCUAUUUGUUCUCCCCUUGGACUUUGGCAAUAAUGGAAAGCCAGGCUGGAUGUUUGUUUUGUGAGGGCAGGGGUCAGUGGCCUUGGUUCCCGGAACCUUCCCUGCUUGAAGGGAGCUCGGAGCCUGUGGUACCAGUGAGACAGUAAGAAUCGAGAUGGAGAGAAGAUACGUGUCAUUAGAACCUGGAAGGUUGCCUGGCUGCAUGGGGAACCGGCUAGAAGCCAAGCUGGAUAAACCAAAUGUGGUAAACUGGCUGUGCUACCGAAAGACAGAGGACUUUUUUACCAUCUGGCUGGAUUUCAACAUGUUUCUACCCCUCGGGGUGGACUGCUGGAUUGAUAACACCAGGGUUGUCUACAACCGAAGCUCUGGGCACAUGUCCAAUGCCCCUGGUGUACAGAUCCGUGUCCCUGGCUUUGGCAAGACCUACUCUGUUGAAUACUUGGAUGACAACAAGCUAGCAGGCUACCUGCACACACUGGUGCAGAAUCUGGUUAACAAUGGGUAUGUGCGGGAUGAGACAGUGCGGGCUGCACCCUAUGACUGGCGUCUGGCACCCCGCCAGCAGGAUGAAUACUACCAGAAGCUGGCAGGACUGGUAGAGGAGAUGUAUGCUGCUUACGGGAAGCCUGUUUUCCUUAUUGGACACAGCCUUGGCUGCCUACAUGUGCUCCAUUUCUUACUGCGUCAGCCACAGUCCUGGAAGGACCACUUCAUUGAUGGCUUCAUCUCUCUUGGGGCCCCAUGGGGCGGUUCCAUCAAGCCCAUGCGGAUCCUGGCCUCAGGUGACAACCAGGGCAUCCCGAUCAUGUCCAACAUAAAGCUGAGAGAAGAACAGCGCAUAACCACAACUUCCCCCUGGAUGUUUCCAGCUCACCACGUGUGGCCUGAAGACCACGUGUUCAUUUCCACACCAAACUUCAACUACACAGGCCAAGACUUCGAGCGUUUUUUUGCAGAUCUUCAUUUUGAAGAAGGCUGGCACAUGUUUCUACAGUCUCGUGACCUACUAGCAGGCCUCCCAGCGCCUGGUGUAGAAGUAUAUUGUCUAUACGGUGUAGGCAUGCCCACAGCCCACACCUACAUCUAUGACCACAACUUUCCCUACAAAGACCCGGUGGCUGCACUCUAUGAAGAUGGGGACGACACUGUAGCCACACGUAGCACUGAGCUCUGUGGCCAGUGGCAGGGCCGCCAGUCACAGGCUGUACACUUGCUGCCCAUGAAUGGGACAGAUCAUCUCAACAUGGUCUUCAGCAAUAAGACACUGGAGCAUAUUAAUGCUAUCCUACUGGGUGCCUACCGCCAUGGCACUCCUAAGUCCCCAACCGCCAGCCUAGGUCCCCCCACCAAGGAAUAAAGACUUAGCUGUUAUGAAUAA